AUGCUGCAGGCAUCACCAAAGGCAUCGCCGAAGGUCUCGGGUGCCACCUCGCCGUCCAAGACGCCACUCUCGCCCUCCAAGCUUGGCCACUCGCCGAAGAAGGGCUCGAGCGGCUCGAGUGGCUCGCCGUCCAAGACGGGGUUGCCAGCACCGCUCAUAUCGCCACGUCCACCAGCAGAGGUGGUUAAGUCAUUAAAUAUCCUCCAAGCAGCUGCGAAUUCAAUGAACUCAACAUAUGCUUCGCGGUCACAACCCAGAGGCAGCCCAGCCAGCAGUGAAAGCAGCCGUCGAGAGAAGCUUCCGGGUGAGGUGGAUGAUGGUGUGGAGUUGACUGGGGAAAUGUGUGCGCCGAGAUCCAAGCGUGGAGAUGCAGCGAAUGCAGGCACCGCGAACACAGGGACAGCCACAGGUAGAACCGUGGUGGCACAGAAUGGGAACAGCAUCACAGGCUUCACAGGUGGCAAAUCACGGAAGAGCCUGGGGCCUUCGGGGUCUGGGCCUCCAGGGCCACCGAGCUCCGCCACCAGCUCUACCAAUGAGCGGCGCCGUUCGCCACGACGGCUGUCAGGGUCAAGCGGAUCAGGCACAGCUGACAGAGCUGACAGAGCUGACAGUGAGGGUCACGACAUCAGAGGCAGCUCUGCGGCAGCUGCACGGACAGCCCCGGCGCAGCUGCGAAAUUUCUUGGAGCGAGCGCACCAAGAAGCAAAUGCACUCUACACCAGCGGCGCACUCAAUGGUUUCAGGAGUCCGCUUCGUGGUCGUCCCAACUACUUUGCGGAAAUUGUUUACGAUCCCAGGGCGGAGAUGUUUUCUCACCGGUCCGUGUCACCUGCGCCCAGAGGUCCACAAGGGUCGUUCCUCAGCCCGCGAAGGCAGUCGAAGGAUGAAGUCUUUAAAGCAUCGGAAACUGAGAGGAAGGCUUCGCUGGAAGUGCCAGGAUCUGCGGGGAAUGAGGAGCACGAGGGGCCCAGCAAAGCUGAGACCAUGCAGGCAGAGCAUGUGUCCCCUGCUCCCACUCAGUCGAAUGACGUGAAAGAGGCACUGGGGAUGACUCCGGUCGUGGAGGAGGCGGAACACGACGAACCAUCCGCUAUGUCUCCUCACGAAGCUCUGCUGCAGAGUCAGUUGCAAUCUACGCAGCAACAACUGGAAGAAUUACAGCGGCAAUACUUGGAGGUGUCACUUGGAUUCACAGCGGAUUCACUUGAAUGA